ACAUCUCCACGGUUCAUGAUAAGAGUCCUACGACGGUUCUUGAUUCGCCACAAGCCUCUGCAAAUUGCUGUCGUCGCCACCGGUUUUCUCGUUUUGACCGGAUUUCUACUUCAAUUCCAAUGUCGCCCUUUAUUCAUUCCACGGGAAUGCGCCGAGGUCAUGGGCUUGACCAAAGCACCCCCACUGAAACCGCUUGCCAAGCCCGAGGGUGUGAUUGUUAGCGGAUUCGUCUUUUAUGGUCGCAAGAGCAGGGUAUCAAGCAUGCAAUGCUAUAUAGAACGAAACUUGGUUGAUAAUGGAGGUUGGCUCGAUGAAGUCCUCUGGAUUCAUGGCAAGUACUAUAUCAAGAUUAACGACGAUAUUCUCUGGAUUGAUGAUAAUGCUAUCCCUAACCUUGUCACUCGCACAAUCGAUCAUCCGGAAGACUUCGUUGUCGCUGGUAAUAUCAUCAAUAACCCUCCGUUGGGCUUCAUGCACUUCCGAAUGGGUGCACUUCACCCAUACUUCCCCGAGCUCGAACAGCCGAGCUACGUUACCAGCGGCACCGAUUACUGGAAACCUUCCCGACAUGGCUUCUGGGAUGGCCCCAAAAAUUUCACCUAG